AUGGCAAUUUCUAGUUGGAUGAUUUGGGGUAGGAGUCUUCGUACGAGCAGAUCUCAUCGAAGUCGUCAAGACAGUGAAGACAGCUGCGUGCAACUCGAUCUGUCAAGAGGAUUGAAAGAAAAUGUAAAAGAAGUUUUGACCAAUCUUUGCCAACGUGAAAAUGUUCCAAGCAUAAAAAAAUUAGCGUAUCUUAAUGCCAUUGUUAAGUUAAUUAGUGAAAAUGAUUCACCAGACUAUGGAUAUUCCACCAAUGAUGUAUUUUGCUGUUUACGGAUGGGACUUGUCCAUGAAGCAACACAAGUUCGUGCAGCUGCACUACGUGCUGUACGAUAUAUGCUCAAGAAAGAACAAGAUGUUAUUGCAAUUAAUAAAUUACAAUAUCCAUAUUUUGUGGCUCGUAGCAUGGAUGUUAAUUUACGAAGUGAAAUGGAAAGAAUGCAAGCUCUUAGACUUGUUAGAAGGAUUUUAGUAUUAGCUCCAAAACAUUUUAGUCCUGUUUUAGCAAGAUCUCUAAUUAGCUUAACAAAUGGAGGAGUUGAAGAAAAAGAUGGAGCAUUUAGAGCAUUUUUAGCAAUUCUUUGUGAGCUGGGUGUUUUAAAUUCAAAUUUGUUAAUCAGUUGUGGAGGAAUUGGUGCCCUUGCAAGAGCUGCUAUGACUGGACAAAGCCCUGCUAUAAUUGAAUCUGUUGUAGGAGUUUUGUUAAAAUUAUUAAAUACUCCUGAUACUAGGAGUAGUGUUUCUCUUUUAUGUUUUGCAGCUCCUUAUUGUGAGCUUCAUUCACUAAAUAUAGAUAGAACAAAAGAAGAACGAGAAAGAUUUGCAGCAAGCAAACUAGCAUUACUAAGUAUAUUGAGAUCUUAUUCUGGAGUUUUACAUUUUUGUAGACCUGAUGAUAAUUCAGGGUUGAAAGCUAUAGCAGAUAUGUUAUAUGUUGAACAACUUGAAGUAAGAGCUGCUGUUUUAGAAUUACUUUAUGAAUUGUUGGAUUUACCCUUACCUACUUGGACAGAUGAACCUGAUGUUGCUCUAGCAGCAGUAGAUCCUAGUAGAGCACAUGAUUCUUGGAAAUUGUCAGAAGGUUUUGUUGCAGCUGAAGGAAAAUAUAUUUUACCAUCCUUAUCAUCGCGCUGUCCAAAUAUUACAGAAAUACAUUUAGCAUUACUAGUUUAUGCUUUAUUGGAAUGUGGUCUACAUCGAGCUUUAGCAGAAACUAUUGUUUCCACUGAUACUUUUAUUUCUGUACGUGCAGCUGUUCUAUUGGGUGCAUUAUUACAUCUUGCACAUUCUCUUUUGCCUUCUGAAGUAUGUGAUCUUACUCCUCCCUUACCAAAUUUACUGGAACAUGCAAGUGCUGGAAAGCAUCAAGCUUUAGCAGCUGUUACGAUUUUGGAACGAAUGCACACUAUGAUGCGACGAAGACCGGCACCUGCAAGCCUAUUUCUCGAUAAACUUUUACAAGCUGGUACUUGGUUAAGGCCAACAUUACCAAGGCGUCAACGAACAUCUAGUAGACACUGGUUACGUAGAGAAUCACCGACUACGCCUCUUUUGAAAGAUGCUCAAGUACUCAGUAGUAAAGACGCUCUUGCUUGGAAUUGGCCAGUUGUACGAUCUAUAUUACGCUCACGGGAAGAUACAGUACGAAUACUCCAUGAUUCUGAUCACAGAUUAUUUAUGAAAAGACUUAUACGUUAUUUUAAACCAUGUUCAAAUGGAUACAGUAGAGUGGAAUUAGCAACGAACGCCAAUUUAGCACGAGAAGCAACAUUAGCUGGUUGUGAUUUAUUGAAUUGUUUGCUGGAAAUUCAUGAACCUGAAAGUACAAAAUUAUUAUUUGAAUUAAUCGGAGAAAUUGCUGAGCAAAUAACUAGCAUCCAAACAGCUCAAUCUGCUCACGAGUGUUUAUUUUCGCCUCGUCAUAUGUCUACCACUUGUUGUCAAAAGUAUUUCCUCUUUCUUGGCCAGUUGAGCCAUUCAGCGAAAGGGACUAGGAUUCUAAAGGAAUUUCAUUUAUUAGGAAAGUUGCAAGACUUGGCUUUAGCUACUAAUCAUGACUGUUAUGUUAAACUUAUAAUAUCAAGCUUAGAUUAUUCUAGGGAUGGACCUAAUAGGAAAGUAUUGACUAAGAUUAUUACAGAAGCAACAUUAGACAGUACACGUCUAUAUGCGACACAGUUCCUUCGAUUGAUACUCAGAGCCAGAAUGGCUGAUGCCUAUCGUUGGGCAAUAUUAUUAUUGUCGGAUCGGCUCUCAGAUUCUAAUAAAACUAUAGCGCUAACUGCAUUAGAGGCAUUACACGAAGCUUGCGAAGAACCAGAAUAUUUAGAAGCUUUAUUGCAACAAGGAGCUCAGUCUCGAGAUUGGGAUAAAUGGUUGGAAGAAUUAGGUGAUAAAGGUUACUUACUUAAAAUUCGACUAUACUCUCUUAGUCAAAGUUUUACAACACUUUCUUCGCCCGCGGAAGAAUUGGAAAAGUGGAUCAACCCAGGAGGUUUUGCAGAGAGAUAUGUUGGUUUAAUAGAGGGAGAAAUACACGAUUCUUUAACACGUCGUCAAAGAAACGAAACAGGAAGUUAUUAUAGAAGAACAAGUAAUGUUCCCAUGACACCUCAUAAUAUUUUUAUUCUUCCACAUUUAAUAGGCCAAUUGGCACAGCACGAUCUAGGUGCGCAGCUAUUGUUACGUAGAAAUGUGAUUCAACGUUUUGCUCGAGUCGUUCAACGAUUUAGACUAGAAUUCGGUAAUAGAGAUUCAGAAUCUAAUUCAAGAUGUACUAAAACUAAUCGUUCUGUGGUUGACGAUGCUUAUGCCAUGUCCGAGGAAUCUGGUACAGACGAGACAGUAGAAUCUAAUAGAUUAGAGACAAUAAUGGAUUCAGAAACUGUAGAGGGUGUUGAUAUAUGUUGUCCACAAAAGGUGGACUCCUUAGUCGAUAUUCGUCGAAAAACAAGUUUAGACGAUUCCAGACGUACUACUCCAGAAAAAAGUUGGAGGUUGGAACCUGAAUCUCGAGACGAUCAAGUUGCGAAUUUAAAUAAAAGAAUCUUAAAAAUGAAGUCUGCACUGUGGGUGCUUGGCCAUGCAGGAACUUCGGCAGCAGGAGUAGAACAAUUGAAUCAUUUAGGAAUUAUAGAAUUGAUAGCUUCCAUAGCAGAAACGUGUUCGUAUUACGUAGUGCGUGCAACGGCUAUGUAUGCCCUUAGUCUCAUCGGUACAACUCGUGCAGGUGCAGAUGCACUAUCGUCUUUCGAGUGGCCAUGUGUUAGACAUAGACGCGGAGAUCACUGGCCGGUUGUUUCUCCUACGAGUAGAUAUCCAGCGCCAAGUCCAAUUCCUAUACAACGACAUCAUCGGAGUCUCAGCGAUGGCAAACCAGAGUUACCUGAACCAGUAGCUCGAAGAACUAGAAAUCGAUCUGAAAGUGCAGCUACAGAUCUUGAAGCUAGGCGCUACGCUCUACCAGAAAGAGGGGAAACACCAAGCCCUAUUUCAAGUAUUCAAAGAUUAAGCCAACAAGAUGCUGAGGGGUAUGCAAGGCUUCGUAGUUUACAACGUCAUCGGAGACCAAGUUAUUCCCAAAGUAGUUUAGAGAUGUAUAGUUUAGAUGGUCGACUUUCGUUGCAAAGCUUAUCCGAAUUUGAUUCAUCUCGCAACUGGAUUGCGGAACAUGUACUCGUUCCAACACCCCCACCCCCUGAAGAUAAUAACGAUAAUUUAUUUUACAUGGGUAUUGCCCUUCCAAAGAGACUUAUAACUAUUUUUCCGGAACCACCAUACUUGUCAAUUCCGACUAUAACGCUGGACGAUGCACCUAAGUCUGAUAUAGAAACGACAGAAGUAGAUGAGGAAUCUUGCUCUGAGAGUGACGUAGAUGCAGAACAUUAUCGUAUAUGUUUAGUAUGUUAUCACGGUAAAAGUAGCAGCAAAGAUUCGAUUCCAGAAAAAGACUUAAAGUUACAGAGGAAAAUUCUUAGACAUGUACAACGCUUGGCAAAUCCUGUAUGGUACCGAAACAGUCGUCAAACUUUGCUUAGAUUAAGACAGUUACACGCGGGAGUGUUUCAGGAUAUUUGUUUAUUUUCGGAUGUAGCUGCCCAUUUAGGUAAUAAUACUUAUAGAAUGCCAGCACGCCGAUUUUUACAAGAAUUAUUCCUAGAUUCCACCUUUGAAGCACUCUCCGCGGAAGCAGUUAAUAUUCUAAAGCAAAAUGAUAGCAAUGAUGAGAAAUUAUUGCGAUCUCCCAUUUCCACGACGGCACUUGAACCCGAUUCCCGUGUGCCUUCAGAAAGUAAGAUUAACGGAAGACUUACAUUUUCUGAUAUUCAAGUAGCACAAUUGGAUGUCGUCGUCGAAGAGGCGGCAGGCGAUUCUUGUGUGACGCAACAAUGCAAUAAAACACAAGAUCUUUUGCGUAAACCAGAACGACGAAGCGAUGAGAAGAUAAUAGCUGAAAUAUUAAAGCCAGAAGAAAGGAUACGUCUGUCAAAAAGUUCCGAUAGAUUGUUAAAAGUAUCAGGUACAAACACUGCCAUCAGCCUUGAUUAGUAGUCAUCGACUUCCAAACAAUUGUAAAUAUUUUGUAUUAAAAUGAUAACGAAGUAUGAAAUAAAUUACACUGCCAAAAUUGAAUCAUAAUCCAAUGUAACAGUACACCCACAUAAUUAAAAUGUAACGCUUGAAAAUUAAAAGAUUCCCUUUCCU